AAGCAGCAAGUAAAAGCAAAAACCAAAAAAAGAGAAAGAGAGAGAUUAGGAAUCUGGAGCUCCAAAAAAAUCAUCUGCAUCAUUCAGUGAGACCUAUCCACCAAAUUAAAGACCCAACUCCUCAAGAAGAAUCACAGGACCAACACCUAGAUUCAUACAACACCCAUUUCCAUCAUCAUCAACAAUAUCCACAACUUGUCCAAAACCAGCAUCAAACAACUGCUGAGCUCAUAAACACCUCCAACCAAACCCAAGAACCCAGCAGCAAAAUUACAGAACAUGCAAAACCAAGAGGGAGAAUGGGCAUGAAGAGCGUCGGAGGAGAAAUUGUGCAAGUCCAAGGAGGUCACAUUGUUCGAUCCACCGGCCGGAAAGACCGCCACAGCAAGGUGUACACCGCAAAAGGCCCCAGAGACCGCCGUGUCCGGCUGUCAGCUCACACCGCCAUCCAAUUCUACGAUGUUCAAGACCGGCUAGGCUACGAUCGGCCCAGUAAAGCCGUGGACUGGCUCAUCAAGAAGGCCAAAACCGCCAUUGACAAGCUUGCAGAGCUUCCACCUUGGCACCCAACUGGAGUUGCUGCUACUGCUACAGAAGGUGAAGCUCCAAAUGGGGCUGGAACCAGUGAGAUGGUGAUCUCAGCUGAGCAAUCUGAGUCAUCUGGCUACAAUUUCCAGCUGCAGAGACAGAUUGGGGACAACACAGAUCACAAUGACUCAAACUUCAUCCCUCAAUCUCUAGAUUCCGACACCAUAGCUGAUACCAUGAAGUCCUUCUUCCCCACAAGCUCAGCUGCCUCAACCAUCAAUUUCCAAAGCUACCCAUCUGACAUAAUCUCGAGAACAACUAAUCUCAACCCCAACCAAGACCUCGGCCUCUCUCUCCACUCCUUCCAAGACCAAGGCCUGAUUCACCACACCCAGCAAUCCCAUCAGGACACCACCCACCACCACAAUGAUCAGAUUCAAACCCUCUUCGCCGUGCCGGCCACGGCAGGGUUCGACUCGUCUACCUAUCAGAGGAUGGUGGCAUGGAGCAGUGACACGAGCAGCCAUGAAAACAACAACAGAGGGUUGUUCUUCAACAACAUGUCGGCUUUGCCGCAUCAGCAACAACAGGCACUGAUGGGGCAGCAGCAUAGCUCGGCUUUUGCUCAGAGGGGUACCCUUCAGUCCAGUUUCACACCUUCCAUUCGUUCUUGGAGUGAUGAAAUUCAAAUGGCUUCACAGAGAACACAGCAUCCAAUUCACCACUCUUCCAUCUUCGGCACCAGGUUCGCCUCUGAUGGCCUCCCUGUGUUCUGCAUUCCGACCACUCGCAUCCACGGCGAGGAUGCAGACAAUGCCGUCGUUUCGGAUCGCCCAUCUUCUACUUCCUCUCCCAACUCCAACCACCACUGAUCCAAACCAACGUCUUCAUUUCCCAAUUGUACCAACUGAACUGGGUGUCAUCAAUUUGGAUUUUGAAGACAGGAAGAAGAAUAGGGAAGAUUCAAUCUGGUUUGGACUUGAAACAAACAAACAUUCUUUGAUCUUUUAGUUUUUCUACCAAGUAUUUAAUUCGGGUUCCUCUGGUUAUUUUUAUAUUUGAUUUGAUGCGACUUUAUUGUUUAUUAGAGUGGGGUUCUGUUGUUGGCUCAACUUUGGUUUCUAUAUGUUUUCUGAUUACUACUACUGGAUCUAUGU